CAGGUGGAAGCGACGGCCUUCGGGAAGGAGCGGAGAUGGCAGUGAGCAUUUGGUCGGAUCGGAGAGAAAGGGUGGUCGAAUGAGCGCUUUGAAUCUGCAGGAUUUGGGGGCCGAGGAGGGGAGGCUUAGCCAGCGCCAUGGUUGUUAGAGAAGCCGCCAUCGUUCUGCCCUUCCCCUCUCCCCAGCGGUGGCGGCGAGCUUUAUGUGGUUGGAUAAUGAUUUCCCGUCUCUAGGGCAUGACUCUGGACCCCGCAUUGGCUCCCUUGUCGUAUCGAACCAUGAAUCGGGUAAUCCAUUGGGUCCUGGAUCACUCAAUUGAUAAAGAUAACCCUAUUUCUACGGCAUCCUCAAACCGGAGCAGCUAGGCUACGGAUUAUAAUGUCGUCGCUUCCGCCGCCCAUCGCCAUAGCUCCACCGCUCCACUCCGUGCCCUCCUCGCUUCUCGGUCAGAGACUACUGAUCUACGGUGACCCUCUUCAUUUCCGGCUCCGCAAGUCAAGGCCUAGCUCGAAUCCUGUAAUCUUCCGUUCUUGCUUCAUCUCCCGCUCUCGCUCUUUGCGGUGUCUAUGCAGCGCUGACCCAAAGGGAACUGGAUCGAGGCCGGACGAGAUAGUAUCCGGCAUGGUGGAGAAAUUGCUGCAGAGGGAAGAGAACAAAGCGCUUUUGGACGGGCUGGAGAAGGCCUCCGCCAGAGUGGACCGGGCGAGGGAGGCGCUUGCUGAUAUCGAGCGCCAGGAAGUGGAGGCCUUGAGGGCUAAGGAGUACGUGCGGCAACUACGGAGCCGCGAGGCCGAGAUUGCAGAAUCACAAAGGGAAUUGUUAGAAGCUAGGGGAAAGGUAGAAGAAGCUCAAAGGUCUUUGUCAGCAAAUCUAGAUGAGAACGAUAACAUUUAUGGGCCCUCUGAAGUUAUUGAUAAAGAUAGAGAGAGAUUAGAAUCAGCAAAGGCUGCUCUAAUUUCUGCUGUGACCGGCACACUUGCUAGUAUCCCUAUUUCUCUGUAUCAAGCUACAAGCUAUCCUGAACUCAUCACUCAUCUGGCUGUUGUUUCUAUUAGCUGUGCUUUAUUUGGAGUUACUUUCCGUUAUACAGUAAGAGGAGACUUGGAUAAUUUUCAACUCAAAACCGGGGCAUGCGCAGCCUUCGGUGUCAUUAAGGGUCUCUCAGAGGUAGAAACUGUAAAGACAUUCGAAUUAGAUACUCAAAGCCUUAUCUCAUUCUCAAUCGAUGGAGCACUUCAUGUGUCUGAGAAUAUCUUCACAUUCCUCGCUGCUGCUGUUGCGCUUGAUUUCUGCUUUAAGAUGGCAAUUUUGAAACCAUUUCUGCUGAGGAAAUAGAACGAUGAUCCAUAAUUCAAUCGAGACAUGUUUCAAUUCGGUCUCUACGAGUACUUAAUGUACCUAUCAGCAGCGAUCCUUCAUUUUAAACACUUAUUUACUCUGCCAUUCACUCUUCUGUGUGUAGUAGUUCGAGCAAUUGGGGAGCUAUCAACAAGCCGGUUGCGGAGUUGCUACAAGGAACUUGUUGAAUGAAGAUUUGAAGCUCUUCAACUCCAUGUGUAGCAUGCUUUUGUCUUAAAAUUGGUCAGCUUUCUGUAUGUUUGACUUUUACUGAAGAGAACUUAACUGACCUAACCAAUUGAUACUUGGACU